AUGCAUUGCAAUCGUUCUCUGUUCCUGACAGCACUAUGCUCUUGCUCUGUCCAGCUACUUCAUGCUCAGAGAUCUAGUGCGCGGCUCGCUGCCUAUACUGUCCCCGCAGGUUUUCCAACAAGUCUCUUCUCAGCAUACUAUGUGCCGCCUUCACCCACAGAACAACCUCAACCUAUCAUAUACGAUAAUGCCUUGAAUUAUACCUAUCCCCUGGAGCUGACUGAUCCAACAACCAUUCCAGAGGAAAACGAGGAUCCAAUUUUCUUCCCCAAUGCUCUCCACUCCGUCUCGAAUGGAUCUGCCAUUAUUGCAGACGUCAAAAACCGAAUUUCAGAAAUCAUUUCGGGGGCGGGGUCGAACUGUUCGAAGUGUAUCGCGGCAUUGGAAUUUGGCCAAUACGUUGCUCAGCGGGUACCUCAGCUAGUGCCCGAACUGCUCGUUGAUCUUUGCAUCAGCACAAAAUUCCAGUCAAAUUCUUCUUGUAAGGAGAACUACGAGGCACAAAACUAUGGCGCCGUUUGGACGCAGGUUCUCUCAUUUGCAAACGUGUCUGGAUCAGAUGGUCAGUAUAUCUGCAACUAUCUAAGCAGCAACUUCUGCCAGCGACCGUAUACGCUCCCUUCAAAUACUUCAGCGUACUUUGGUCCAAAGCCCAAAGGCUACGCUGUGCCAAGACCAAGCGGGAACAGAGUCAAGGUUUUACACAUGAGUGACAUGCAUAUCGACCCUCGAUAUUCGGUUGGUUCAGAAGCCAACUGUUCGGAAUCGUUUUGCUGUCGCGCAAAUGUCGAGAGCACUUCUGGGAAGCUUGAAAUCCCAGCACCACUGUACGGUGCAUUCAAGUGUGACAGUCCGUAUUUCCUGCUCACGGCGGCUCUUGAGUCAAUUGCUCCAUUGACAGGCACGACGCAUAACAAUCAGUCUGAAAACGAUCAAUUUGCUUUUGGAAUCUACACCGGUGAUCUCGUGAGCCACGAAGGCCAAAACGAACUCUCCAGGAACUACACUAUGUACAGCGAAUGGUCGAUUUACCAUAUGCUAAAGUCCUAUAUCCCAAGUGGUCCAAUAUUUACCGUCCUUGGUAAUCACGACACAAACCCAGACGGAAUUGAUUCGCCCCAUACCCUCCCUGGAAACCUUGGCCAGCAACAAUCAUGGAACUUCGAGCAUGUUGCAUCUCUGUGGCAGCAAAACAACUGGAUAUCUACCGAGGCUGCCAAUGAAGCCCGUAUGCAUUAUGCUGCUUACAGUAUCAACCAUCCCAAGUUCCCUAAGUUGCGAAUCAUUACCUUGAACACUGAUUUUUGGUAUCGGAGCAAUCUGUUCAAUUAUAUCAACACGACAAACCCGGAUAAUUCUGGCAAUAUGAGGUUCCUUGCGAAGGAGCUUCAAGAGGCUGAGGAUAGAGGUGAGCGCGUAUGGGUUUUGGGUCAUGUGUUGACAGGCUGGGAUGGAACAAAUCCAUUGCCCAACCCUACAGAUUUGUUCUACCAGAUCAUUGACAGGUAUUCGCCUCAUGUCAUUGCUGGUGUCUUCUUCGGACACACGCAUGAAGACCAGUUCAUGAUCUAUUAUGCGAAUAACGGCACUGCCCGUGAUGAUUCCAAUGCUCAAACUGUUGGCUGGAUCGGGCCGAGCAUAACUCCUUUGACCAAUCUCAAUUCUGGCUACCGUGUCUAUGAAGUCGAUACCGGCGAUUUCAGUGUAUACAAUGCGUACACAUACUACUCCAAUGUGAGCAGUUUUGGUGCGAUAAAUGCCAGUCAAACCGGCCCAGUCUUCAAAUUUGAGUACUCAGCCAGAGAAGCAUAUUCAAUUGGGUGGCCUGACAGCGCACCUCUCAAUGCAACCUACUGGCAUCGCGUAACCGAGGCAAUGGCGACAAAUCAUUCUCUGGUGUCGAAAUUCAAUACUUUUCAGGGAAAGACAAGUGUAAAGAGUCCGAACUGUACUAGCGAUGCUUGCGCAGAGGCGAAAAUCUGCUAUAUGAGGAGCGGCAGUGUAGCGCUUGGGCGAGCGUGUCCUCAAGGGUAA